AUGGACGAGUUUGAGAUUAUCCUCGAGCCUCUUGCCGACGACGCCGAAGCGGGGACCGGUGGCCAGUACCGGCACAAAAACCAGCCGGGGAAGACUUAUCGACGUGUCCUCCUGAACCGUGGAGAUACGCUGUCCGCGCGGGUGAGGCUGGCGCUGUUGGGGCACGGAACCAUCACCCCCAAUGGCGAGGAGGCCAGCCUGCUGGUUUUUGACUUCAGGCUGAUCAGCAACCGGGAGACGCAGAGGUUCGUCAGGGCCAGCUUUCAGUUUGUGUUCCGGGACGCCGCUGGCGACGAGGACAUGGAUCCAGACAUCUACCGCAUUGCCCCCGAAGGCAUGUUCACCAUCGAUGCUCGAGCGGAUCCCACAAACGUCAAGAACAACUUCAACUUGGGAGCAAACCUGGGUCUGCCCUAUGGCGGCUUCAACGCCGGGGCUGGGCGAGAGACGGAGAAGGUCAAGAUCAGGGCACACUCUGUGCGACUCGAGGGCGAACGGAGGGUCCUGGACAAGGACUGGGGCGACGACAAUGCUGUCAUCUGGACCAUGCAGGAGGACGCCGACGAGAAAAAGGGAACGCCGUCGUUUCUGCGGGGCGCUCUCAUUCUGCGGCGCAAGCCAGGGCGCCGGUUUGCCUUCAGUCUGGAAGCCGAGACUGAGGGCAACUUCAGCAUCCGGGACACCAUCAAGAAACUGUGCCAUUUUGGCACGCGCGAGCACUGUGUACCCGUGGUGGAAGACUCGGUCAUCACUGCGCCGACGCAUGUCCUCGACGCCGAGGACCCCCUCCUGUCCGAGUACGUGAAGAAAAUCGACUGGUCGAACUUGCACGGGCUGAAGCUGCACGAAGAUGUGGUGGUGCACACCAUGACGGCCGUUCUGGGAGCCCAGCCAAUCGCCGUGGAAAAGUCUGGUCUUGGAGCGGCCGGCGCUGCAGGCGCGGCAGGUGCGGUCGCUGUCGAGGGCCAGCCAGCCUUGCCAGCCCAGGCAACGGCAUAG